AUGGCUGAUUCCGAUCGUGUUGUUUACCCUGACGAAGUAGACGAAGCUAAGAAAAACGCAACUGAAGCCAAAACUGUGGAGGCUAGUAAGAAUGCUUCUGAAGAAAUAACCGUAAAUUCGGAUAUCCAGACACGAAAUAUGAUUUCAGUCCCACAAAAUUGUCCGUCUGGCUACAAAAUGGGGUCUGACGGUGUUUGUCGGGAAGUGUUUGAUUAG